AUGGAGGACAUCCCGGAGGAUAACCCAUCAAGCCAGGACGACUCCCAACCGCGUCGUCCGGUCUCAGAACACCGUGAAGCCACAAACCAAGCAAAAAUAGCAAGCACCAUCCACCACGCAAACGAACACGUCACGACGGACCCACAACAUCCCGAGAAAGCCAGGGACAAAGCGGCACAAAUCAUCCAGGAUCUCUGUCUCCGGGUCCAAGAACUUGAAGGCAAACUAAACAACAGAGAAAAACACAAUAACGAGCAUGGAAGCCAUGCAACUUCCAGGUCAAGAUCCCACCAAGGCAGAUCGCCAAUUCGGCAACACAGUAGGAGAGAUGAUCGCAGCACCUCACGCAACCGCAGACGCGAGAAAUCACCCGAGCGAAGAUACGACAAGAAACACCAUCGCAGCGCUUCUCGGGAUCUAAAUCGUCAACAUGAUUCAGAUGAAGACCGGAGAUACCGAAGCACCAAGCGCACGAGAAGCGACCAUACCAUAAUGGGAGCUACACCCUUCACGGAAGAAAUCUUAAGAGCAAAACUCCCCAGAGGUUUUGACAAACCCACCGACAUGAAGUACGACGGAACCAAAGACCCUCAAGAGCACCUAACGGCCUUCGAGGCCAGAAUGAACUUAGAAGGAGCAUCCGACGCAGUCCGAUGCAGAGCCUUCCCAGUAACCCUUGCUGGCCCAGCGAUCAAAUGGUUCAACGCCCUCCCGAACGGAUCCAUAACUAGCUUCCACGACAUCACAAGAAAAUUCAUGGCCCAGUUCACAACCCGAAUCACCAAAGCCAAACACCCCAUCAGCCUGUUAGGGGUCACACAAAGGCAAGAAGAAUCCACAAGAAAAUACCUCGACCGCUUCAACGACGAAUGCCUGACGGUCGACGGGCUCACGGACUCCGUUGCCAGCCUCUGCCUAACUAACGGACUCAUGAAUGAAGACUUUUGCAAACAUCUCACCACCAAACCAGUGUGGACCAUGCACGAAAUCCAGAACGUCGCCAAAGAUUACAUCAACGACGAGGAAGUCAGCCAGGUCGUCGCUGCCAACAAACGGCAGCACGUCGCCACCCAACACGGCAACCCGACUCCCCGUCAUAACGCACCACCCAAAGAGAACCAACGAGACCACCUUAAACCGACCCACCGACCACCAAGAAUAGGAAAAUUCUCCAACUACACUCCCCUAACAGCACCAAUUACUGAGGUAUACCACCAAAUAGCAGAUCGAGGCAUCAUCCCCAGAGCCCGACCACUCAAGGAAAGGACAGGAGGAAACAAAACCCUCUACUGCGACUAUCACCGCGGAUACGGCCACAAAACACAAGAUUGUUACGAUCUUAAAGACGCUCUUGAGCAGGCCAUACGAGACGGCAAACUCCCCGAGUUCGUCAAAAUCAUCAGAGAACCAAGGCGCGCCGACAGAGACAAAUCACCAGAAAGAGAAGGACGCAACCCAAGAACCCAAAAACCACCCAGGGAAAACACCGAAGAAGAUCCGACCAUCAUAGUGAACGUCAUCACGGGCAAGGACGUGCCAAAUAAGUCAAAACUAACAAUGAAAAAAGACCUCAAGAUAAUGGCCGUCAAAAACCACGACCCAGUCACCUUUGCCGACAGCACGAUAACCUUCCUGCCCGAGGACUGCCAGCACGGCACCUCGGCCGGAGACGCCCCCUUCGUCAUAUCAGCCCGAAUCGGAACAGGACUAGUAAGAAGAAUACUCGUGGACACGGGUGCCGACUCCAACAUCCUCUUCCGAGGAGCCUUCGACAAACUCGGGCUCCACAACGACAACCUCCAAACUCAUCGCCACGGCGUCACGGGCCUCGGAGAUAACUUCCUCAAACCAGACGGCUCGAUUACUCUCCCCAUCACCAUAGGAACAAGCAACCAGAGAAAGACGAUCCUAUCCGAAUUCGUCGUCCUAAAAGACUCCACAGCCUAUAACGUCAUUCUCGGGAGAAAAACAAUCAACGACUUCUCGGCAGUCAUCUUCACCAAAUACCUUCUCAUGAAAUUCAAAGCCGAAGACGGCACCAUUGGAACUAUUCACGGAGACCGAGAAAUUGCAGCCGAAUGCGACAACAAUAGCUUAGCCCUAAGGAAAAAAUCCCAAGACGCGGCCGGAAUAUUCCUUGCCGACCUAGACGCACGGCUUGACGGCCAACCUAGACCGGAACCAGAAGGGGACAUGGAAAAACUACAAAUAGGGCCAACCAAAGAUGAGUACACGUUCAUCAACAGAAACCUCCCACACGACCUCAAAGAAGAACUCUCGCAACUUCUGAGACAAAACAGAGACCUAUUCGCAUUCACACCAGCCGAUAUGCCGGGAAUAAGUCCCGACCUGAUGUCUUACCACCUGGCAGUAGACCCCCUAGCCAAACCCGUGGCGCAAAGAAGACGGAAAAUGUCACCAGACCGAGCCGCCGAGGUCCAAAAACAAGUAAAAGCCCUACUCGAAGCCAACUUCAUCCGAGAACUCCCUUACACGACCUGGCUAGCCAACGUCGUACUAGUUAAAAAGUCUAACGGGAAGUGGCGAAUCUUCAUGGACGCAUAUUCCGGCUACAACCAGAUCCCGAUGCACCGACCAGACGAAGAAAAGACAGCAUUCAUCACCCCAGACGGAACCUACUGCUAUAAAGUAAUGCCCUUCGGCUUGAAAAACGCCGGAGCCACCUACCAGCGACUCGUUAACAAGAUAUUUCGCAACUUAACCGGAAACAAAAUAGAAGUCUACAUCGAUGAUAUGCUCGCCAAAACGGAAUCCGGUGAACAACUAACCGACGAUCUAAAGGUCAUAAUGAACACCUUGCGAAAGCACCAAAUGCGACUCAACCCAACAAAGUGCGCCUUCGGAAUGGAAGCAGGAAAAUUCCUCGGAUUCAUGAUCACACAACGCGGAGUUGAGGCAAACCCGGAAAAAUGCCGUGCCGUCCUCGAGAUGACAAGUCCCAAGAACCUCAAAGAUAUCCAAAAGCUCACCGGCCGACUAACCACACUAUCCCGGUUCCUCGGAGCCUCGGCACAAAAGGCAAUCCCUUUUUUCAAACUUAUGAAAAAAGGGAUUCCGUUCAAAUGGGAGAAAGAAUGCGAAGAAGCUUUCCAACACUUCAAAAAGGUCCUAACAGAACCUCCAAUCCUCGCAAAACCUCAAACAGGGGAAACACUAUACUUGUACCUCUCCAUAACGGAAGAAACAAUCGCAGCAGCACUCGUCCGGGAAAACGAGAAAAAGGAACAAAAGCCCAUAUACUUCAUAAGCAAGGUGCUACAAGACACGGAAGCCCGUUAUUCACGACUAGAAAAACUGGCUUUCGCACUCCUCUCGGCAUCCCGACGACUACGACAAUACUUCCAGGCCCACCCCAUAACGGUCCGAACCGACCAAACGGUCAAACAAGUAUUACAAAAACCCGACCUAGCAGGAAGAAUGCUAGCAUGA